GUCUAAGACGUUGGAGCCGCAUGGUGUUCCUCCCUCCCUCCCUCACCGCCAGCCAUCGUGAUAGACUCCUGACGCUGAACUACAAGACGAACACGGUGAUCUUGGCUAUCAAAGAGUGAAUUAUCCAACAAAAGAACAAUAAUUAAAGUGUUGUUAUAUCAUUAAAACUUUUAAAGAUAAAGUGAUGAAAAAAUAUUUAAAAUCAUCCGUUGAAUCCUGAGUAAGCCGAUGACGACAGCAGCACAGGAUAUCCAUAGUGAUAAGUGGCUGGAGCGAGAGACAGGGUUAGUGUCACCUCGGGUCCCCACACGCCCGGGUAGACUGUGUUGUGACGUGGUGUUGUUCCCCAAGGCUUGCUAGAACCGCUUGUGUUUACUGUCCAGACGAAACAACAUGAGGACUCUUCUUUUGGUUGUGGUGGGCGUGGUGGUGGGCGUGGUGGUGGGCGUGACCGGUUACAGCCACACUCCCAAACAGUAUCACAUUCAAACAGAUGUCGGCCCCGAUCGGUACUUCAGGUAUCAGACGUACAACGGACAGUACAGGAAGGAGAAGAGGCUAGAGGAUGGCACAGUGGUCGGCACGUACGGCUGGGUAGACGCUACAGGUCUACUGCGUCUCUAUGACUACAUAGCCGACUCCAAAGGUUACCGCAUCGUCCGGCAGAAAACUAUUAGAGUGCCUAAGAUUACCGAACCACCGCCGGUAAUCCCAGUAACAAAACCUCCUCAUAUCUCACACGCUUCAGAAGGACCGAGUAUAUCACAGCUGAUUGACGCUACAGAUAGACCUGAUGUAUCUCCAGGGUUCCAGCCAGUAAGAGUUCCUUCAUCUGGCGCUCCUGGAUCAGUCCCCAUAAGAAGAAAACCUCCAACUCGUGGGACCAGUCAACCAUAUGUGCCACCGGCCAGACGACAAUAUGUGCCAACUGGAAGCAGGAUAAGGAAUCGAGGCAACGCAUGGUGGGGGAGGCGGCCUGAAGCUUCACGGACUCCUGGCACCGCAGUCACCAGAGCACCGCAACUACUUCGUCCGCACACCCAACGAGUUACGGCUGAUGCAGGUGUGACUGCAGAAGUUAGGAGCCCCAGUACAAGUAAUCAGGUGACAAGUGUGCCCCGUGACCCAGCACAGAUUGAUGAUCUCCCAGCAGAAGGGAAGUUCACCAUUAACUACGACCUUGGAAAUCAAUUCCACUUUGAGAAGCUUCUCCCAGAUGGCACCAAAGUUGGAAGGCAUGGCUAUGUGGACCCUCUGGGGAUCCUACGAGUAUCCCACUACUCAUCAGGCCCUACAGGACACACCAAUCGUCAGGAGAGUCGCUGGGUGGGCACACGUCACCCCUACAACCCCUAGUACAUCUUCCUCUUACACCCAUCAGCCACAAAACACAUCCACCAUCAGGAGAGUUACUGGGUGUGCACGUGUCACCCCACCCUACCUCUUCAACCCUCUCUCAUCCUUCACAUUCUGAAUAUUCUUCAAGCAAACAUAGGAACGCUGCUUCUUAUAGUACUACAGUCAUAUUCUCAUGGGCAUGGAGAGAGGCAUUGUGUAAAUAUGAAGCCAUGCUCAUACAAGAUAGAAAGGAAACAUUCUUUAAGGUGCUUGAAUUCUUGUGAUACUGACAACAUAGAAAAGUGCCACUAACAUGAGAUAGCAGCCAUUCCUUGAGAUGCGAAUAUAAUACAGUACUAUAUUCAUCAAGUGAGAUGGCGAGACAGUCAUUAUAUCCACAGUGGAAAGACAUUACUUAAAACAGAAAGGCAGAUAUAAUGUAAGGAGCAACAACAGUCAUGCUGACCAAACCAUCAAGUAUUUCAAGAAAACAAAAGUGUGUUUGUUUUUUCCAAGUGUGUUGAGAAGUGCUACCAAAUUAACUAUCAACAGACUUAAACCACCAAGAAGACUCUGACAAGAUACUAUAUUACAACAAGCAAGUUUCUUUAGAGGUUCCUUCCUUCACCACAUUUCUUUAUCCUGAGUACCUUUUUUCAGUGAUCAUACCUCCACAAAAUUAAAAUCUAUCUCUGCUUCAAAUAUCUUGUCUGCCUUCAUUAAACUUAUUCCUCUCUCUGCCAGUCUUGUUGAAAUGUUAUAAAUGUAUACAUACAUAAAACUGCUGUGCAAGUAAAAUGCAAUAUAUGAUGACUGUGACACUCCUGUGAAAAUAAGUGUGUAAGAAUGACAACUCGUGAAAUAAACGUGAAGUGCAUAAAGUUUAAUUGUAAAGAAUGUUAUAAACUGCCUUUAAUAUGACUGAAAAUCUCAGUAAGAUACUGUACCCAUAUCAUGACAAGUAAACCCAGCAAAAUAUUUAUAGUUUGAUAGCUAAUCCCAGCAUAAUACUGUACCUGUAGUUUGACUGCUAAUUCCAGCAAAUCAUAUUUUGCUUAACUGCUAAUCUGAGUAAAAUAUUUGUAUACUCAAUGCUAAUCUUGGCAAAAUAAUUGUAGUAGGAAUAAAAGGUGCCUGCAAAAUGGCUAUGGGUUAAUUAUUGGUACUGUAUAUGUAGUGUGGAUGCUGAGGUCCAGGCAAAUUAUCCAUAGUAUCACAAAAGUAGUCCUUACAACCUCACUGUACGGUAUGACUGAUGAAGUGACAGUUUAGUGUGUCUGUCUUGACGUUGUUGUGCUAAUAAAACAAUAUUACAGUAUGGCCAAUGAGGUCUCCACAGACAAUAUGUGCAGCUACAAUUAUAAGGUGACAAUAUAAUUCCCAAGUGUAAUUAAAGUGACUGCAGUGACACCAUAAUAUAGUAAUAGUAUUUGACAGUGAAUAUGGUGUCAGGAUGAUGAAGUGAUUAGUUGUAGUAAAAUAAUGAACUACUGUAUGCUAUAGUGUCAGUAAAGUACUGUACUGUACUCUUACUAAUGCAUUAAUGUUGAAAUACUGUAAUGUGAUAGAUCGUAUAAUGACAAAAUUACGGACUUACUGUACACUACGCUAGGAUAAUUGGAAAAAUUAAUAGACUACUGUACUGUUCUAUUCAACUACCCAAAUACUGAUUGAAAACUGUGAAAUGACUGGCAACAGAGUAUACUGUACUGUGAUGCUAAAAUACUGCAAGAAGGAAACUAAAACAUUGCAAGUACAGUAUACAGUGUAACACGUUGCUGACUUAAUGUUUAAAAAAUAACAAUUGGAAUGAAGUGAUAAUUUUACAAGUGAACAUACAGUAUAUCUCCAGAAGUACAUGGAGACUUCCUUCUUAGCACAGUGGCUAUUGACUCUUUAGGGAGUCGUAUGAAAGAUGUGUUUUUUACCUCAGUGUAAUUCACUCGUAUGUAUUAAGAAAAUACUGUACUGUAGUGGGAAUUACUCUGUUAUACUGCAAAUUCUUCUGUGAUCAGCACAUUUGUGUAUCAUCUGAACAAACAUAUGAUCACCAACAUUUCCUUAAUAUCUAGGUAAAUAAAAUCUUUUAACAGAGCCAUUAAUACCAGAGGCUUGGGUCAAUUUUUACAUACCGGGUACUACAGUAUCUUUGUUUUUAAUUUCAUUUGUGUUUCAUGUGUUCCUAAAUCAUUGUCCUGUCACUUAAUAUUCAGUGAAAAUAGUUUUUGAAAGUCCAAGAUUUAGUGCAAACUGUAUUGUUAACUAUGAGAUCUACUCCCCCAUUUUGCUGUACUGUAUGAGGUUUACAGUGUUCAGAUAGGCUUAGUCCUAAUAGGUUACAUGUUUAACUCUGCUUCUGACAUGUGAUACAGACUAAGGAACCAAGUCACAUAUGGCAACACAGGGUAGACCCCAAGCUUUCUGGCCAUAGGCAAACUCCAUGGCUUGUUAAUAAUGCUGCAGAUACAUCUAGUCCUCUAGACAGAUCAUACUACAGCUUGACCUCUGGUGGUGAGUAAUAGAACAUUUUCUCUUGUGAUUGGUGAUACAGAAUGAAUAUGAGUAUUUUAAAGUACUAAUGUACAACUUCAUCAGAUGGUUUGUAUGAUUAACUCAUGCUGAAACCUAUUUCCAAAAGUUUUACAUCAUACUGUAAAUCAUUCUUAAAAAUCUGCAUUAAUUUGUACUUUAUGUUGAUGACAGUUUGGUCCAAUGUCUCAUGAAGUUAAGGGUAAUAUAAUUAACAGAAUCAAGGGGCCUUAAUCUUCAAGCUUUAAAUACUAACAGUCAUUAAGUACGUAGUCAAGACUAAAUUGUUUCCAGGGUCAUGUGUCUGACUCACUGCCGUUAUAAAGGCGAGUCCAUCUAGUGUUUUCAUCAUCUACAAGUUAAAGCUCUCUAGCCACAGUUAACCUUCUACCACUCACACUUCAGUAUCCACUCCUCCAGUACUUAACACCCCUGUACUGUCAUGUAUUAAGGCUCAUGAUAACCUUCACAGGGAACAGAGAAACCUUACCCUUCUGACAUUUCAUUAUGGUACAGCACCUCUUUAAAGUGGGCCAGCUGCCUCUAUAUAAUGUGGCCUCCUAGUGCUUACUCCUGGUCCAACAGUCAGAAACACUAUUUAUUGUGAAUGUUGAAGUGCUCAUAACCUCGUGAUGGUAGUACAACAUAAUCUGCUUUAUGUGCCAUUUUAACCAACCAGUUACCCAUAUAAGCAUCGGUUGUAGUAAUGUAGUGUAUUGACUCACGGUGAUAAUGACUCUGACUUUGUAUUAUAUGUUGUAGUUCACAUCUAGGAUAGUUAUUUGUGCUCAGCCACACUGUAAACAAAGAGUUAAAUACACCAUUACUGUACACCUCGUAGAUAUAAAACCUCGGAUUAAAAGUUACAUUAUCUUUCACCAUUUAGUAAUACUCUAUGCAUGUGGUGAUAGUUAAAGCAGAUAAUAAAAUGAUAAUCUUAUCACAUGCAGAAAUGACAUCACAGCUGCUCUUGUCCUAUACAUUAUAACACUACUGCUGGUGUGGUAUACAACUCAUGCAUCUAUAAUAGAGAUUGAUGUUUGUAUCAGGAGAAGUAUAUGAAAUAUUAGUGGUCAUAACUCAUUGUACUCUUUCUUAACGUAGAAUUUAAAAAGACAUCGAUUAUUGAGGGAAUGACAGAGAAUCAUGGUGAGUGACGUUACCGGUCUCAGAUGAGUCGGUGAUUGGCUAUCUGAAGUUAUGUCCGUGUGUGUGUCAAGAGGUGUUAACACUUUCUCUAGUUAAUGGUCAUUGUGCUGUGUAUCUCCCUAUUUUAGUUAUUUGGGGCAGCUGACGAGUAGAGCACAGAAUAACAACAUGAUAUCUUAAGUAUGAAAAUUAAGCUAAUUGUUUUUUGGUUAUUCUAAACUAAAUUCCACAUUAUAAUUUGUGUAAUGUAUCUGCAUUAUCUAAAUUAUAAUAUUAUAAUACAAAUUAGUAAACAUCACAGUUGACACCCAACCAUGUGCUAACAGUCUCAUCUGAUACCUGACACAUUAUGUCUGGUACAGUGAAUAUUGACACAUUAUUACAUGAUGAGUAGUACUCUAGUAGUAGUACAAUGACCAAUGACACACUAGCAAUACAUAUUAUUCAAGAGCCAAUCACUGGGGUAACACAACACAUACUAUAACCAAUCAUGUGGCAAGAGUUUACAUGCAGAAACUAACAUCACACUUAACACCCAACCACAAUGCAACCCAUUAUUUCCCGUCAACCAUAAAGGCUGACCACAUACCUCAGUGUCGCACCUAAUAGCCAGAAACGGCAAUAAUUUAUGUAUGAUGUCCAGUUACACAUGAUAUCUAAGACAACAUAAUUAACACUUUAAAUAAAUCUGAAGUUUUAACAUCUGUACUUCAUAAAAAUAAUCCAAUUUCAGUUUAUGAAUUUUGGUAACAACUUCAAGGUAUAGUAAUUUAUAUACAGUAGUUUGUUUUCUAAUAUAAGAAUUGGCAUCAUAAAUCACAUCACUCCUUUGGGAAUGUACAGCAAGUUGAUGGCACAUUAUCAAGUACCAGUAGUCAGUUGUUACAGCAAUUGUCAGUUUUGUUUUGCUUUAGUUCUGUUGGUGGUAUUAGUCGGCAGUUCUCUAACUCUCAGGAACCUUUUUUUUCAGUUAAUGCGGUUUUUUUGGAAGUUAGUGUUUGGAUUUUUGCAGUUUGUGUUUGGAUUUGCAGUUAGUGUUGGGGUUUUUUGAGGUUAGUGUUUGGAUUUUUUUGCAGUUAGUGUUUGGGUUUUUUGCAGUUAGUAUUUUGUUUUGCAGUUAGUGUUUGGGUUUAACAUAUACAGGUCAAGGAUUAUGUGUUUUUUCUCUCAUGGUUUAUGGAAUUCUCACUCAUGGUUUAGCUGUAGGAGUAGUGUAGGUCGGGGGGUUUUGGUGUGCAUAUACACUAGUCCAGAUCUUUGUAGUAAUAGCUGUAUAGGUCAGUUUCUAGUAUACUCUAUUAGUUUAGGUCAGGGGCUCAGGUCUAUUAAUAGUAUAGGUCAAGUAUUCUGGUGUAGGUGUAGGUCGGUCAUGGGUGUUGGUAUGCUUGUGAUGUUGGUCAAGCGAAGAAAAGUCAGACAGGUUUAAUAACUCAUACCAUAGGGAAUUUUAAGGCGGUUUUUUGUGAUUUUUCCUGAUCUGUCUUGACCAAUAAGCAGCAAAUUUCAAGUCAUAGUUUGGGAGAGAGCCGGUGAACUGACGUCCGAUUAACUGACAGUGUGAUAAACAGAGAGGCAAAACAAGACUGACAUUCCCAUACUCGUGCACUGAUGUGACCUAACAUUACAGAAACAAAGUAUACUGUACUACUUUAGCAUACAGUAAAAUACAACAAACUACAGUAUAUUUUCCCCACAAUAAAAGGCUGUAUUUCAAUUGGUUAUAUGAUGAAAUUUACAGGUAAUGAAAAAAAAAAUUCAAGUGGUGAAUUAAGGUCGUUGACACGUUGAGAUCGUUAGGUGUGGUAAGCUGACACCGUUUAAGGGUUAGGAAAAUAAGAGCUAAUGUAUGGGUUUUACUAACUCUGUGAUAACUGCUCCUUAUUUGACUAAACCUGUACAAAAUGUUAAUAAUAAAGGGAAUCAACCCAAA